AUGUCAGGUGUUGACAGCGCUACCUUUGAGGCUAUCUCCUACGUCUGGGGAACGCAUGGCAGGAACGAAACUAUCAUCUGCGACGGCAAGCGGCUGAGAAUCACAAAGAAUUUACGAACGGCUUUGAAACGUGUUCGACUGCAAGGAGAUACAAGGAGAAUAUGGGCAGACUCGAUAUGCAUUAACCAAGAAGACCCCAACGAGCGAGGCCAUCAAGUGGCUUUGAUGGGUGAUAUCUACAGCAAAGCCACACAAGUUGUAAUCUGCGUCGGACCCGACCCCGAUGACCAUGGACAUCGAGCCAGCACACUUGUGGACGAUGUCAACAGAACCGUGCUUUCAAUAUGUGAAAGCAUCGACUAUUCACCAAAGAGUAUCCCGUACGCGAGGGAUGACGAUCCGCUUCGAAAUGAUCAGAGGUGGAAAUCGUUCGCUGCUCUUCUUCAGCUACCUUGGUUUCAGAGAGGAUGUGUGGUACAGGAGUCAGGACUUGCAAAGUCGGCCAUCAUCCACUGGGGCAGUUCGCAGAUCUCCUGGGCGCCUUUCAUGAGGACUUGGCGCUGGGCAAGCCGUCAAGCUCCCGCAUUGCACGUGCCACUAUUUGACAAGAUAUGGCUGAGCUUGAACCCUAUUUGUGACAUGGCAUUCGUGGCAUCUCAUCUACGCGAAAGCGUUGCUUGGUACCCCAAAGCGAGCACAUCUCUGAUUACGCAUCCUCUAGAGAUGAUGAGGCAUGGCCACCGCCUUUCCCUCACUGACAAACGCGACCGUGUGUAUGCGUUUCUUGCGUUAGCACAACGCUUGACUGUCUCUGAGUUCCAACCAGACAACCCCAGUUACAGUCAAACCUUCCAGGAGACCUAUCUUGCGUUCGCUCGCAAAUAUCUCAACGACACGAAAGAUGCCACUCUCCUCAACUACGUCCACCACAACGCGGAUACUCUGUCUUCUAAGCUCCCUUCAUGGUGUCCACGUUGGGAUCUGGGUGUUCACAUCAGUUAUAUCACGACCCCUUCUCACAAGUUGAUGGAAACACGUCCCAGGUCACCUUACACAUUGGAGAUCCUGACUGGCAACGUCCUUCGAAUGAGCGGGGUGAUCGUCGAUUCAAUCGCUAUGACGUCUGAAACACUUACUAGUAGAAUUACGGUAAAUGGGAUCGGGUUGAUUUGGGAAGAGUUCAGAGUUCGUCAAAAGAAUGUAUGCCCUUAUGAGCCCGACCUCCGUCUUCAAGCACUUGUCCAGUGCCUUACUGGCGGACGAAUGUAUGGACGUGAGACCAAGUGGUAUUGUGACUAUGCAGCAUACCUCAGGGAACUUUUCCGAAUCAGUAAAGAUACAGUCAUUCCCCAAGCUGUGAUGGAGUUAGGGAACAUUGGCGAGGGAGAAGUGGCGGGCGUUCAUCUGAUCGCGGCAGAGUACGCCCAUAAUCGAAAGGCCGUGGCCACAAGGAAGGGGUACUAUGCACUGGGGCCUGGAAUCUCUGAGAAGGGCGAUUUUAUUGCCGUCCUAUGUGGCACGCGUGGUCCGGUAGUUCUACGAGAAUCUACUUCCAAGAAGGGAUCGUACAAGAUCAUCGGAGAGACGUUAGUGGCUAGCAAACGCACUUACCGUAACACCCAAGGCGUUUUACUUCCUUAA